UCGGAAUUUUUAAGAGUGUCAAAAAAUUUAUCCUGGUGACCUUUAGUUAAAUUACAUUAAAAAAAAAGUAUGCGACUUAUAUUUUAAUACAUUAAUUGAGAUUUGAAGUGUGUUGAGACUUAUUUGUAUUGAUUUUUAUCUGAUGGCGAUUUGUUUCCGCCAUGACAGCCACCGUCGUUUGAGCUGUGGACUAGAGUGGAAGAAGGGAGGGGGUGCGAUGGAUGGAUAUGAGUCGGCCCGCUGGCCGCUGCGUUUUACACAUUCGCCUUUAGUUUAGUCAGAAUGGGGCUGAUUUCCCCGCUGGAUGUUCUCGGUUCUGUCAUCGAGGACUGGUGUUAAUGAGGCUAGGUUCUCGUGAGGGUUAAAGAUUAUCGUUUGUUUGUGCUACUCCGCUAGCCCCCCUCUGCUUCUUAUCCUCACCGUCUUUUUUUCUGUUGUUGUUGUGCCUCCUGCUUUGGGAAUGUUUUCCAAAAAGCCACAUGGGGACGUCAAAAAAUCAACACAGAAAGUGUUGGACCCCAAGAAGGACGUGUUGACGAGACUGAAGCACCUCAGAAUUGUCAUAGAAAACUCAGAAGCUCCAGAUCUGAAACAGUUCUUUGACGUGUACUACUCCCAUAUCUACUAUGUCUUCUUUGAAAACUUUGUCACCAUUGAGGUCAGCCUCAAGCAAAAAGGACAUAAGUCUCAAAGAGAGGAACUGGACUCCAUCCUCUUCAUCUUUGAGAAAAUCCUUCAGCUCCUACCAGAGAGAAUCCAGAGUCGGUGGCAGUUCCACAGCAUCGGUCUAACUCUGAAGAAGCUGCUGCAUACUGGAAACUCUCUUAAGAUCCGUCGGGAAGGCGUGCGUCUCUUCUUGCUCUGGAUGCAAGCACUUCAGAGCAACGCCGAACAUGAGCAGCUCUGCAUGUUUGCAUGUUUAAUUCCUGGUUUUCCUGCCCCUCUCUUACGUGGGACCCCACGCACCCUGGACACCCUGAUCAACCCUCCACUGAGCCUCACGGAGACUCAGGUGAUCCCUGAAGAAAUCACACCACUGGUCGCUCCGCAGUCUGGUGAUAAGAACCAGGAUGACCUCACUGCCUACUUUCUUGAAGCUCUGCUAAAAUACAUGGUAAACCAGGCAAAGUCUCUAGAGUGGCGGUGUAAGGAGAACCAUGAACGUGGCUUCAGCUUCCUCUUUGGCCACUUUAGGAAGUUUUACCUUCCUCACAUAUUUCCAAACUUCGCCAUGGAAACAAGCCUAUACAACCCCAUUUUGGAUGUUCCUACGAUGCGUCCAAAGCCCUAUUACAGUGUGGUGCGCAGAGAGCAGGAUGGUGGCGAGACGGUGUACUGCACCAAGGAGAGCUUCCUUCAGGCCAGAGUCAUCUUUAUCCGUUGGCUCGUUUCCUUCUGGUUGGAACCACGACCCAACACCCAAACACACAUCCCAGGAACAGAAGGCGAGAAUGUCCCUAAGAACAUACAGCGAGCUGCAGCUGGAUUGGCUGCUCGCUCAGCCGGCAGCUCAGAUGAUGGCGGUGGAGGGAGUCGGUCCGAGAGCCACUUAGAAGGAAGCGGGAGUUCAUUGGGGCUAGCUGGAAGCAGCAUGGGAGGACCGGGGAAUGGAGGAGAGCCCGAACAGAGCCACUCAAACACAUCAACGUUAACAGAGAGGGAGCCCAGCUCCUCCUCUCUCUGUUCCAUGGACGAGGAGCAGCUGACAGACAUGGAGGUGGUGAGGAGAGUCCUGACCAGCUCCAGAACCAACGUCAACUUCAUCAUAGAGAUCUUCAGACAGGGAUUUCUCCUUCCCAUUUGCGAGGCAGCUGCGAUGCGAAAAGUGGUCCGUGUUUACCAAGAGUGGAUUUCUAUUGAGGACAAGCCGGUGUUUAUGAAAGAGCCAGACGAAGGUCCGUACCCCAUUCCUGCUGCUACCAGUCUGGAUACAGGGUCUCAGCUGGGAGACAAGGAGGACGAGGGAAUAAAUAAAGAGAUUGAUAGCGAAUUGCUGGAAUACAGUGUUCACGCUGGAGUCCAAACAACACUGCAGGUCUUUAUCACUCACUCCUCCAACGUUUUCCUGCUGGAACCGGCCAAUGACAUCAAGCUCCUGUUAGAGGAACAUGUCGACAUGUGCAAACGAGUCCUGAACAUCUACCGCAGCCUCGUCAUGCAUGAAACUAUGGACCAGAAAACAUGGGAGCAGAUCUUACUGGUUCUGCUGCAGGUGACAGAAUCUGUCAUGAAAAGACCACCGUCCAUCAUGCCUCAAGUCAAGAAAAGUAACACGCUGUCAGGCCGAUUAGCUGGACCUAUUUUUCAGACUUUAAUAGUUGCCUGGAUUAAGGGCAACUUGAACGUAUAUAUCAGCAGAGAACUUUGGGACGACCUCCUUUGUGUCCUUUCCUCUCUAACAUGCUGGGAAGAGCUGGUUACUGAGUGGUCACUCACCAUGGAGACCCUCACUAAGGUUUUGGCCAGGAACCUGUACAGUGUGGAUCUGAACGAGCUGCCUCUGGACAAACUCAGUGAACAAAAGCAGAAGAAGCAUAAAGGAAAAGCUAUCGGUACAGAGGGCCAGCGGCAGGCUGUGGAUCGGUCCUUCUCUAAAGGCUGGAGCAGAGACCAACCAGGUCAGGCAGCUGCCAUGCGCCAGCGGAGCGCCACCACGGCCGGCUCACCAGGCAUCGAAAAAGCAAGGAGUAUUGUGCGUCAGAAGACUGUAGCCCUGCGUAGCUGUUCUACGGGGGACUCUCUACUGUCCUCAGCCUUUAUUCGCAGUGCUAAGAGUGCUCCUGCUCUGGCUCCGCCUCUUCCUGUCCUCCUCCACCACCACCACCCUUUUCUACCCCCUCUUGCCGACCAUCUGGCAGAUCUGGAGGACCCCCCAAUCACCUUGACGUCCCGCACCCCACGAAUGCGCCAUUCAUCGCAGAGCGACGAGACCCCACCAACCACUUGCUCCGAGGUCUUCCCCGGAAGAGUGUGUGACCUUGAUGCGCCAGGUUCGUCCUCCCUGGCACGGAGCAGCAGUGCCUCGGACAUCAUGGAGCCCUUCAUCGCCGAGCAGGUCAAAGGUGAAGACACCCAGAGGGAUCCUGUUUCCUUCCCGAAUCCUCUGCACCACCACUCCACAACUACCUCCUCACUUGCAGCCAACAGCCACACAACUCAGCCUCUCUCACAAUCCCGCACCUCCCCUAAUCCCACACCUUUCACCUUCCCCAAUGGCGUUUUCAUGUCCUCAGAACUACAAGAUGAUGCUAGUGUUUAUAACCUGUCCUGGCUCCGAGCCGGCUCUGGAAGCCAUGGCUCUAGCUCUGACUGGGUGAGCGACUGGGACUCUGCCUUCACUUUUCCACCCGAAAAGGAAAUUGACGCAGACGAGGGGGAGAUAGGUUGUGAGGCUGAGGAGGAUGAUUUAUUCUCCUCGAUCAGAGACUACCUCAUUCAGAAAGGAGGCGAAAAGAAAGAGGAGGCCGAAGAGGGAUGUGAUGCUGGUCAUCUAUUAGAAAGUUUUGUCACUUUACCUGCACAGGAGCAAAGUAGGGAGGUCGGAUCCCUAUUAGAGUACACAGGACAGGUAAUGGAGGAGAAGAAGGUGCCAGAUGAGCAUAGACGGGUAAGUAAAUCAGCAAGACACAGCAGUGUGGAUUCAACAGAGGAGAGUGAGGCAGAGCAGCGCAGCAUCUAUGAGUGUCUGGAGCUGCAGUGUGAGUGGCCCUCUCCCAGUGUUAAAGGGAGCACUAGCUUAGAAAGAAACUUGGAGGGGAAAAAAGCUGCUUCAACAGGGCAGGGAGGGAAACUCGACUGGUGGAGCGAGACAGGAGGAGAGAAACAAGAGGAUAAAGGAGAAACAAAAGAGAGGACUUGUUUAAGCAGACAGGAUGCAAUCACAACUGAAUCAAACACUAAAUCGUCAACUAUUCAAGCCUCAGACCCUGCUAGAUUAAAAAUGUCCCAUAGUGGUACCAAGCAGCAACCGUCUGCUGGGGCCCAUGUCAGCUUCCAGCCCUCCACUGAGUCCGUCCAGUUUCACAACCCCCUUGAGAACAAGGAGGCCCACUGGAGAGCCAGGUUGCGUCGACUAAGCCACUUCCACACUCACAGCCAUUCAGCUGGGGAGAGGACAGCUAGAGCUGGGGUGGGCUCAGUGGGGAAGCUAGGAGCAGAGGGUCCAGGUAAGUUUGGCUCAGGGAACGGUGCUGGACAAAAAACACGAGCAAAUGAGAAGUUUUUACCUGGAGCUUCUAUGGGGAUCAGAGAGCCUUCUGCAGACAGCGUGGAAAACAGACAGGGGGCAGGAGGGGACAAGCAGCACCCACGGUCCUGUAAGGGAUCCGGUCCAAGCCCAGAGGUGAAUUCAGAGGGAUCCUCAGGCACAUCCGCAGGAGUGCGAGGACGUCUGGGAAGGUCCGCCCUGCGAUCCCGAGUCUCCCGUUCGCGCUCCCAGGAGCCCCGCAUCACUACCUCGCGACACCACCAGGGGGCUCUCCUGGGUGGCAUGUAUAAGACUGUCGUCCAUGCCCUGUCCUCUAAACCUCGGCCCAGAGGCCAGGGGUCAUCCCAGGGGUCAUCGCCGCAGCGACAGGCCAAGGCCACCACGGGUGACGCAUCGCUAAAGGAUCUGUACUCCCAUGUCCUGGGCUACUUUGGACGAAAGACGACAACGCCAGCCAACAAAGAGGAGGUGGUUCCAAAGGCCCGCCCGGUGUCCACUGAUGUUGGAAGCAGCAACCCAAACUUCUCUGACCUAAUGGAUGAGUUCAUUCAGGAGAGACUGAGAAACAAAGGGACAGGGGGUCGUCGGGGAAGCAGUCCAAUGGGUCUUGAAGUUCCCAAAGACCUUCCAGAGCUCCUUGAGUCCAAUCAGGGUCCUGGAUCAAGAACCACAGAUGACCCUCGACCUGUUGAUGACCCUGGAGUUCCCUCUGAGUGGACGUCACCUGCUAGUGCCAGUGGUUCUGAUGUCAUAAGCUCUGACAGCCAGUCAGAUUCCUUUAACGCCUUUCAGUAUUCGGCAUGCAAAUUUGACAAUUUUGCGUUCAAUUCAGAUGCAUGUGGAGGAGGAACUGGUUCUGGAGGAGGCGGCCGAGGCAGCUCACUGGACCAGGAUAGCCUAGGUGGCGGAUUGGCCUGUGACGAACAUGAAGUAGCCAGUUUGACAACGCUUCACAUCGACUCGGAGACCAGCAGCCUUAGCCACACAGUCACUGUUACCGGCUCAGAGAGCGCCUCGCCCAUGCAUUCCCUUGGAGGCUCCCGCUCCCAGACCCCCUCCCCGGCUACACUGACGGCUGAGCACAUAGAUCACACACACAGUCAUCCACACACACACUUACAGCUGGACCAGAAACUCCACAGCUCUGUGCUACAGACCCCAGAUGAUCUAGAAACAAGUGAGUUCCCCAGCGAGGACUGCAGUGUGAUGGCAGGCGGCUCUUUAACUGGAUGGCACGCAGAUGUUGCCACGGUUAUGUGGAGGAGGAUGCUUGGGAUCCUGGGGGAUGUUAACAGCAUCAAGGACCCAGAAAUCCAUGCUCAGGUUUUUGACUACUUGUGUGAGCUGUGGCAGAACUUGGCCAAGAUCAGGGAUAAUUUGGGCAUUUCUCUGGACAACCAGUCGUCCCCUCCACCUCCUGUUUUGAUUCCUCCUCUAAGAAUCCUCACCCCUUGGCUCUUCAAGACCACCAUGCUGACUGAGCGCUAUAAGCAGGGAAAACUUCAUGCCUACAAGCUUAUCUGUAGGAUCAUGAAGAGACGCCAAGACGUUUCUCCAAACGCCGACUUUCUCACACACUUCUACAACAUCAUGCACCAAGGGCUGCUGCACCAGGACCAGGACAUUGUGAACACAAUCAUAAAGCACUGCAGUCCCAGGUUCUUCAGCAUUGGUCUUCCUGGAGCCACCAUGUUAAUCCUGGACUUCAUCAUUGCAGCAUCCAGAGUCACUGCAUGUUCCUCACUCAAUGCUCCAAGAGUUGAGGCCCAGAUCCUUCUUGGGUCUCUGGUGUGCUUCCCCAACUUUUAUGAGGACCUCGCUGCUCUCCAUCCCACUACUGCUGAUGUUGUGCGGACUAAGUUUCCUGAGGUCAAGGAACAUAUUAUCAAAACUAUCCUGACCUCAGCCAGAGAUGAACCCUCUGCUCCUGCAAGGUGUGUAGCUCUGUGCAGCCUUGGUAUCUGGCUGUGUGAAGAGCUGACUCACGGAACUGAGCAUCCUCAGAUUAAAGAAGCCCUCAAUGUCAUCUGUGUCACCCUGAAGUACCCCAAUAAGAAUGUAGCGUUGGUGGCAUCGGAUAUCCUUCACCUUCUGAUCAGUUACGUGGAUCAUCUUCAAAAAUUCCCCCCUGAUAUGCCAAAGAAGAUCGUAGAGAUUCUAAUUGCCACCAUCACACAUUUACUGCCCAGUACUGAGUCGUCUCCUCAUGAAUUGGAUAAGAGGCUUGUAGUUUCCCUUUUGUUGUGCCUCUUGGACUGGGUAAUGGCUCUGCCGCCAAAGACUCUUCUCCAGCCUGUUCAAACACGAAGCCCUCCUGAAAAAGAGCAGCCAACCAAAACGCUGCUCAGCUGUAUUUAUAAGGUCCUACAUGGCUGUGUUUAUGGUGCACAGUCUUUCAGCAGCCCAAAGUACUUCUCACUGCAGCUGUCGGACCUAUCAAGUCCAGAUUACGACCCGUUCCUGCCAUUAGAGAGCCUCCGAGAACCAGAACCACUGCACAGUCCGGAUUCGGAACGCUCCAGCAAGCUGCAGCCCGUCACUGAAGUUCGUAGUCGUAUCCAGCAGGGCCUGGUUUCCAUUGCAGCCAGAACCGUGAUAACUCAUCUGGUCAAUCAUCUGGGACAUUAUCCAAUGUCUGGAGGGCCCGCAACUCUGUCCAGUCAGGUGUGUGAAAACCAAGACAACCCAUUCUUUGAGAGUGCAGAUCUCGGACCAGAGCUUUUCAAUUCCCCCAACCUGCAGUUUCUGGUUCUGAAUGGCUCCACGCUGCUGUCUGUUCUCCAGAUCCGAUCGGAGUCUGGAGUGCCAGGAGGAGGAAUGACAGCUGGUUUGUCCUCUGCUCCUGCUUGCGUACGUGUCAUCAUCCGAGAUGUUGCAGGAAAACACUCCUGGGACUCCGCAGUCUUGUAUGGACCUCCGCUGGGCCCCCCGAACAGUCCAGCUCACGUGCUUUCUACACAGAUGCAGUCAUUGCGCAAUGCAAACCUUCAAUUACGCACUCCGCCAGGAGGUCCACAGAACAAGAUGGAAUUGAGGGAGGAAGAAUGUGAGGUAGACGGGCAGGAAGAGCAGGGGAUGGAGGAGGAAGACGGAUCGAUGGAAAGUGACGAACAAGAGAGUCAGUUGGUGGAGGAAGAGAAUGUUGGUGAUGAGGAGAGGGAAAAUCCAGGAGGAGAUGGAAAUGAGGAUCCCGUGGAACAUGAGGAGGAGGAAACUAAUGGGCAUCAUAUAGACGAGGAAUCGGGUUCAGAAAAGCUUCUAGCUCCACCGCUUGCUAAACGAGUGUGUCGGGAGGCGGUGCCAGCGUGGAACUCUCUGGAGGAGGGAGAAGAUGCGCUCGAUGAGAUGCUCCAGUACCUUGGCUACUUAAGUCCAGAGUGCCUGCAGAGAGCAGGCAUGCCACUCAACAUCCCAGCCCCUCCUCCAGGUUGUGUUUCAGAGAAGCAGGAGAAUGAUGUCAUCAACGCCAUCCUGAAGCAAAGUGCUGCCGAGCGAGAGUUUGUUCUUCAUAGAGGAGAGGAGCUGAACAUGAGAGCCGUACAGCAAGCAGAACCAGAGACGGCGACCCCACAGUCUGCCUUCUACUACUGCAGGCUGCUUAUCAACAUACUGGGACUCAACUCCUGGGAGAAGAGGAGUAACUUUCAUUUGUUGAGGAAGAACGAGAAGUUGCUGAGGGAGCUGAAGAAUCUAGACUCACGGCAGUGCCGGGAGACUCAUAAGAUUGCAGUAUUUUACGUGGCUGAAGGUCAAGAGGAUAAACACUCCAUACUCACAAACACAGCUGGCAGCCAGGCUUAUGAAGACUUUGUUUCAGGACUUGGCUGGGAGGUGGACCUCACCACUCACUGUGGCUUCAUGGGAGGCCUUCAGAGAAACCGCAGCACUGGCCUGACGACGCCUUACUACGCCACGUCCACCACUGAAGUUAUCUAUCAUGUGUCCACUCGCAUGCCGCAUGACCAGGACCAGAACUUGACAAAAAAGCUUCGACACCUGGGCAACGACGAAGUCCACAUCAUUUGGUCAGAACAUUCCAGAGACUACCGGCGAGGGAUCAUCCCGACUGAAUUUGGGGACGUGUUGAUCGUCAUCUACCCCAUGAAGAACCAUAUGUAUUCCAUUCAAAUCCUCAAGAAGCCAGAGGUGCCGUUCUUUGGGCCGCUGUUUGAUGGUGCCAUAGUUGACAUGAAGAUUUUAUCCACCAUGGUCAGAGCUACAGCUAUCAAUGCAAGUCGAGCUCUCAAAUCCCUCAUUCCUCUCUACCAGAACUUCUAUGAGGAGCGAGCCCGCUAUCUGGAAACAAUUGUGCAGCACCACCAGGAGCCGACCACUUUUGAGGAUUACGCUGCCCGGGUCUACAGUCCUGCACCCUACACUCACCUGCCUUCUGACACAGAGGAUCAUAGUGUUUUGUAUCUUAUGGUCCCUAAACCCGUUGACAGCUUAAACCAGCUCAGGGUGAAGGGCCGAGGUUUAAAGCAGAAGGUCCUUCAUGCAGGCUGUGAAUGGCUCCUGCCUAGAGAUUCUUCGGGGAGAAAGUCCGGCUCUUGGGGAGGUCGGGAGCGAGUCGGCGUCCCCCAUAUCUCCACGAACUAGCAAGACUCGCAUGUCGAUGAAGCUCCGACGGUCCUCUGGAUCCGCCAAUAAGACUUGAGUUUCUUCACUUUAAACACUUCCUAAUCACUGAUAUCACUUAAAUUAAAACGUUUAAUUUCACAUCUCAUAUCCAUCAGGGGGUGGACAAAAGGCUAUUUUUCUGCCCGGCUCCUGCACUGAACACACACAUGCAAAUAUACAUCUGAUAUGCUCCCACUGUAUGAAUCUGCAGCUUUGCUUUAAAAAAAAAAAAAAACACUCAUCCCAGUGCUGCUGAAAGCGUUGAAUGAUAGCCUGUGCAGUAUUAGUUCAUACCAACAUGUGCCAUGUGGAAAGGUGAGCAAAGAAACACCUGUGGAACCAGGACUGCAAAACCAUUUAAAAAAUAAAGUGUGCUACAUCAUACACUGUGUUAAAGAGGAUUUUUUUGGUUUAUAAAACCAGAACAAAUGUCAGGGAAAAAUAUUUUUUGUUGAAUACAGACCUAUCUGUGGAAGUUAAAAUGGUUCACAAAUCCCUUUUUCCUGUUUUAUUCCACCUUGCCCCUUCAAAUACGAAAUUUUUAAAUUCAGAAAUGUCUUAGGAGGCACUUUGAAAGCUUACUUGUUUGUAGGUCAUGCUGUCAACUUUAGACAAGCACUGAUAUUACAUUUUUUUCUCUUGUUUUUUUUAAAUUGUGAUUUCACUUGAACUAAAUUUCCAUAUGCUGUAUUUCUAUUUUUCCCUCCAAAAACACCAUUGCUUUUUUUUCUGUAUGUAUGCUUUUGAUUAUAAAUGUGUAUUCUGUAUAUCUAUACAAGUAUAUAUAUAUCUAUAUAUAUCGAGAGAGAGAUUAGAUACAUGGAUAUCUAUGAGAGUAUGUACAGUGUGACGAAGCUUGUUGUGUAAAUAAGAUUUUGAGAAAAGCUGCCAAAGCCAAACCUGUGGUUUAACCUCAAAGCAUGUGUUUGCUAUAAAUACAAACAUAGGUCAACACUACGAAUGUUUAACUUUAAUAUAAACUUUUCAUUCAUCAGUUGGAAAUUUAGAGAUGAUUCCCUUAGCUCAAAACUCUGGUUAAACUUUCUUUACUCAGAAUUCAACCUAUUCUCAUUCUAGCCACAAAUGUGGGCUUUUAAGAUUUUUGAAAUCCAGUGUUUCACUUGCUAUUAAAUGGGUCAUUUUUUCUGGUGGAGCUGUUCCAUCAGAAAAUUUAGAAACGGAAACAAAAAAUCAGGUUGCAGCAGAUUGACAAAGAGUAGAAGGGAAAAGUCAAUUUAGACUCUUUACUCUUCAGCAAUAUGCUCUCAGUUUAGAGAUAUUUCCCUUCCCAUAUCCAUUGUCAAAGGGAAUGUAUUUCAUUUUGGAUAAAUGCCAUUCUUUCACGAGUUGAGAUCAAUCCUUUGUGUUUAAGAAAUAAGUGCUAGCCAUUUAAAUUAUUGCUUCAGGUUUCAAAGCACAGUUUAUUGUUAAGGUGUGUAGAAAACUCAUCUCAAUGCUCUGGCACAGCACUCAUCUUUCAUAAUGCCAAUCAUGCAAAUCUAUGUGAUAAUUAACUUUUUUGUGAUCAGUUACAAUAAUUCACAGUUUAAACCCUAACGAUGUUACAUUUGUUGUCAGAUAAGAAAGUUUUAUUUUUUUUUUCCUUCAUUAACAUCUGCAGCAUAAUUAGCAAUGUAGGCUCUGGAUGUCCAAAAUGUUGGCUGGUGUUUGUAACUACUGAUGUGAAAAAAAAAAUAUGCAUUUCAGCACUAACUGCAUGUAAGCAACAGACACAUGCUUUGAAACAAACUUGUUGAAAGUGUAACUGUAUCUUCAAAACAACCACAAAUUUAAAAAAGUAUCAAUGUGCAACAAUGGACUUAAACAAUAAAGGAUUUGUACCUGU